UUACACCGAUAUGCCUCCCUGUAUGUAACAGUGGUAAUGCAUACCCAGCCUCAUUGCACUGUGGUAGCCUAAAGAUUUAGAGGAGCGCAUUGCCAUGGAUCAAAACCACAAACAAGAGGAACAGAGCGAUUUGUUCGCCGGCUUUAGAGAGGCGUACAAAUCGUUCGCCACUGAUGCAAUUCACGUCGGCCAGGAACCGGAGCAAUGGAAAUCGAUGGCUGUAGUGCCGCCGAUUUCCCUUUCUACCACAUUCAAACAGUCCGGACCAGGAAACCACGCGGGGUUUGAAUACAGCCGGAGUGGGAACCCUACACGAAACUGUCUUGAGAAGGCUGUGGCUGCUUUGGAUGGAGCAAAGUAUUGCAUUGCUGUUGCCUCGGGGCUGGCAGCCACAGUCACCAUCACUCACAUGCUCAAGGUGGGUGAUGGCAUCCUCUGCAUGGACGACGUGUACGGAGGCACAAACCGUUACUUCCAAAAAAUUGCUACUCAAACUGGUAUCGAGGUGUCUUUUGCGGACUUUACAAAACCAGAGCUGCUGAAGGCAGCUCUCAAGGACAACACCAAACUGGUGUGGAUUGAGACGCCCACCAAUCCCACCAUGAAGGUUGUUGACAUCAAGGCCUGUUCUGAUGUGGCCCAUGAGUUCAACAAAGACAUAGUGGUGGUUGUGGACAACACCUUUAUGUCUGCCUACUUCCAGCGUCCCCUGGCUUUCGGAGCGGAUAUCUGCAUGUAUUCAGCUACCAAAUACAUGAAUGGGCACAGUGACGUGGUAAUGGGUCUGGCCUCAACAAACCGGGAGGAUCUGUAUGAGCGACUGAAGUUUCUGCAAAAUGCACUUGGCGGUGUACCGUCUCCUUUUGACUGCUUCCUGUGUAACCGUGGGCUGAAGACGCUUCACCUGCGUAUGGAGUGCCACUUUAAGAACGCCAUGGUUGCUGCGAAAUUUCUGGAGGCAGAUCCCAGGGUGGAGAAAGUCAUUUUCCCAGGCUUGCCCUCUCACCCCCAGCAUGAGGUGAUGAAGAGACAAUGCACCGGGUGUCCGGGGAUGAUCACCUUCUACAUUAAGGGGAAACUGGAGCACGCCAGCGCAUUCCUCAGUAACCUCAAGUUGUUUGCCAUAGCUGAGAGUCUUGGCGGUUAUGAAAGUUUAGCAGAACAUCCGGCGAUUAUGACCCAUGCAUCAGUGCCAGAAAAUGAGAGGGCUGCCCUGGGGAUCAGUGACACGCUCAUCCGGCUCUCUGUGGGCCUGGAGAACGAGGCCGACAUCAUCCAAGACCUGGAGCAGGCCCUGGCUGCUGCUCAUCCAAAGAAGAAGUGAAUUGUCUUCAGGGCUUCCUCGAGGCUGAGGUUGAAAUCAGUCGGAAUCGAGAUGAAGACCAGAGGUUCCUGAAGUAUCAAAUCAUCGCAGAUCAACGCUUGGUACCUCAGUUCAGCGCUCAAACAGCAGAGAUUCAACAUCAGGGAACAAGUUGUGCCAUCUGUGAAUAAUUAGCACGUUUUUACCAGUGAUUUGUUUAAAUGCCUCUUUCUAGAACAUCAGUUGUAAUCCUGUUUACCUUAUGCUGAGUUUGCUUUGUUUUCUUGUUUUUAUUAUUCAGUAAAGAGUUUUUAGUAUGAGUUUCUGCAGGAAAACAAGAUUUUCUUUAAAAAGAAGAGAUCUGCAAUGCUUGAUUUUAAUGAUAAAAGAAGAAAGGUUCAAUAGCUCUUCUGACGAAAAGUUAAAAAGCCUUUGAUCAAAUGUCUCUUAGACCCCACUUAGCAGCACAAACUGCUUUCUUCAGGGUGUUUACAGCUUAAAAGCAAUGUCUGUUUAGAAUUUCACCAUGAAAAAGCCUACGGAUUAAAGGCGUUUUAACAUUUUGCCCAAAGAGUGCCUUUGACCAUCUUUCUUUUGUUUAAAACUGUUCUGUAUAAUCUCACUGUAAACUUUGUGUUCAGUUUUGCAUCCUAGUUUUGAUGCAGUCUCAAAAUGUCACAGCCCUUAGUACUGCAGCUGUGUGUAUUAAUAAUUCUAGCAGGCUUAGUGUCUCCUGUAAAAGAUUGUAUUAAGACAUUAAUAAUAUCUUAUUUGUCAGAAUAACCAGACCUAUGCAAGCGAAGCCAACGCAUCCAUUUAUUGAUCGAAAGUCUGACAGAUUUUCUUCAAUGUCAACAUCUGCUCAAAUAUUUAAGGCUCUUCAAAACGAUUACAAUCCAUUACCAUCACAACAACAGAACAAAACAAAAACUGUUAUGCUCAUCAAGAGUCUUCCUUCUAAAGAUGAGGAAAGGAGCCAUAUUCCUCAUGUAUAAGACUAAUCAAGAUAUUAGCCAAUAAAUAAGGUAUGUUUGGUUAGCAUAUGCCUUAUUUGGAGCCCAAUUUCCCAGCAAUGAUGAUGUUGAAGGUUUUAAUAGUCACAACUGAAGGCUGCUGCAAGACUAUUUCUCCUAAUAUUCCUGAUGAAUAAUACGGAAACAGUUCAUGUGUGCUGUUGAACUCACGUCAAUGUGUUUAGGGCUGAUGAACAAUGCAACAUUUCCCCCCAAGGACAGAACAUGCAUAUUUCACUCAGCCACUCCCACCUUCUGCUCUCCUGCUGUAGUCACAUGUUGCAUCGCUGCUCAAGUAUUUGCCUCCUUUGGAACAGACCGCUCACAAUCAAUGCCAUUUCUGUAACCGACAAAUCCAUUAAAAUCAGUUUGCAGUAGAA